GUGUUAUCAAGCGAGGAGCAGGUGUUCACUUUCCCGCCCUGCAGCCUGUACUAAUAUCACGACUCUUCUUUAGGACACACACUGCAGGCUAACACCAUGCCCGGCCUUGCACUCACUUUCCUUAUAUCCACACUAUGUGUGUUGAGCAGGAGUGUGGCCGGCGCCCCGAGUCACUGGGAGGAUACGGAUGGGGCGCUGCCUCUAUUGCGGUACUCCUUGAAGCGGGCUGCUGUAGAGUACACGUGCUUGGAGUGCAAGGCCGCUGCUGCCGUGCUGGACACCAUGAUGGCCGCUGGGGCUAGUGCAAUGGAGAUUGAAGACUUUGCCAUCCAGGAGUGCAUCACCUUUGACCUGUUCCCAGCCGAUGUUUGCUCUGAAAUGGUUUACCUUGCAGGGGGUGAGGUGCUGUAUGUCCUGAACAACACAAAGUAUAACUAUGACACUAUAUGCGGCUGGCUGCUGGGGGCUGACUGCCACAACACAGAGCUAGACCCGUGGUCGCUGAGCAUCCCCGGGGGCAAGCCUGAACCCUUCUACCCUGAGCCCCAGCAGCCCACUCCCAGUGUGGUGAGGAUCCUGCACCUCUCUGACCUGCAUGUGGACCUCCAGUACGACGAGGGCAGCGCCGUCAACUGUGACCACCCCCUCUGCUGCCGCCACGCCUUCGGUGACCCUGGGCCGGGGGAGGAGGCAGCGGGCCACUGGGGAGCACUGGGUGAAUGUGACAUUCCCCUGCACACCCUGGAUGACCUCCUGGCCCAGGCCGCCACACUCUCCGACGCAGACCUUGUGUAUGUGACUGGAGACCUUCCGCCUCAUGAUGUUUGGGCUCAGAGUCAUGAGAGCAACCUGCUGGCCAUAAACGUCACCUUGGAGCUCAUCAAGAAAUACUUCCCGGGCAUCCCAGUCUACAACUCCCUCGGCAAUCAUGCUUCUGCUCCUGUAAACAGUUUUGUAGUGCCGGCAGGCUAUGAGUCUGGGUUCAACAUGGAAUGGCUGUACGAAGGUGUGGCGGAGAUGUGGGCCCCUUGGCUACCUGAGGACACCAUGGACACCAUAAGGCUUGGUGGCUUCUUCUCCCACUCCCCUGUGCCGGGCCUGAGGGUCGUGUCCGUCAACACAAACUACUGCAACAGCCAGAAUUGGUGGCUGCUGAUGGAAAACAACGACCCUGUCGGUGAACUGCAGUGGCUGGUGGACACCUUGGCGGCGGCCGAGGCUGCCGGGGAGGUGGUGCACAUCCUGGGCCACAUCCCGCCUGGGGGAGGGGACUGUGACCACAUCUGGAGCCACAUCUUCAGCCAGAUAAUUGCAAGGUAUGAGUCAAUCAUCCGGGGCAUGUUCUACGGCCACAACCACAAGGACCAGUGGCACUUACUCUACGACCCGGCCACCAACUACACCCACCCCACGGCCACCGUCCUCAUCCCCGGCGCAGGCACCACCGAGGGUUUACAUGCCCCAGCCUUCCGAGUGUACAUUGUGGAUGCCGGCCACGACAACGCCACCUGGACGGUUUUGGACACUGAGACUUAUGACAUGAACCUGACCUUGGCCAACCAGGAAGGUGGGCAGCCGGAGUAUACUCUGAGGUACACAGCCCAGGAGACCUAUGGGCUGACCUGCCUCUCACCCACCCAGAUGGACGAGCUUGUCAUCAGGUUGGCCACUGAUGACGCGCUGUUUUACGAGUACAUGAGGAACUACAAUAAUUAUCAAGCCGAGCCUCCCUUGAACUGUGACGUGGACUGCCGCAAGAGUGAACUGUGUCGCCUCGUCGCCGGUGACUCCUCCACUGACAUCCCGUGUCGCCGCAUCGAGGAGAUCAUUGACGCAGCACAGUCCCGCGGAGACCCACAAUGGUAUGAGGGGGAAUAAGAUAGAGGAGAGAAAUUAAAUACUUAAGCCUAGAUUUUAGCCAAACAUUCCAGUGUUGCCGUUGACAUGUUAAUCCUACACUUGCUAUGAAAUGAGUUUGGGUACAUGUUUAGCCAACCUCAUGUAUGGUGUAUAGAAUCUGUACUUCUGUGACUUCAGGAACUACAAUAAUUAUCAAGCCGAGCCUCCCCUGAACUGUUACUAAAACGGACCAAAUCAUUUUCUGUUAAUGUGUAGUAAACUCCUCGACGUUAAUGAAUAACUGUCAAACCAAAUAAAAUAUCACUUUAAGAAUGUAGGUUGUAAAAGGUAAUAUUUGAUGUAGAAUAAUAAUUUCUAAAAGGCCAUUCACUGCAGUAUAUAUUUUUUUGACCUCCUUCACUUGGGAUUAGGUAAUAGGGUCUUGAUUGAUUUAAAAAUACUGUUUAAACCUAAGCCUUACCAUAUUCUUGUUAAUUUCUGUAAAGGAAGGUCAGGGGUGACUUCAAGAUUGAUGGACUACGGUAAUGUGACUCACUGAAUAGAAUCCCUCGCACUUGGGAAGCAAGAUAAGGAUGAUAAAUAAAAACGAAAG